AUGAUUUAUAUCGCAUGGUUCGAAAUUGUUUAUUCAAUUUUGGAUUUUGCCAUUGCUCCAAUCAUGUUUUCCGAUGGUUCGAUUCUAGUUGUGAUGGUUCACACAAAAUAUUCACCAAUUCCAAGUUGGAUUCUAUUAAUGUUAACCGGAUGUUAUUGUUUCUGUUUUGGAGCAUCUAUGGGAAUGUUUGCGUUACAUUUCAUAUAUCGUUAUUUUGUAUCAACAGGUUCGAAAUAUUUGAAAACUUUUAAUGGAUAUCGAAUUAUAUAUUGGAUGAUGAUACCUGUGAUUUAUGGACUUAUUUGGGGUUUUAUUUGUUAUUUUGUUUUUUCACCAUCGGAUGAAAUCAAUCGAAUGUUGAAAAAUAAACUUAUGAUAACUUUUGGUUGGGAAAUCGAAGAUAUUGUCUACCUCGGUCCUUAUUUCCAUCAACUUCAACCCGAUGGAUCAUAUGUUAUUGAUUUAACAGCAGUUGUUGGUGUUGCAGGUAACUGGAUUAUUAUAUUCUCAUCACUUUGUGCAAUUUUAUAUUUUGCAAUCAAAUGUUAUUGGAAAAUUAGUCGAUUGAUGAAAAUGAAACAAAAUAAUGAUUCGAAUAAUUUGAAAAAUCUUCAAUCACAAUUGUUUAAUGCUUUGGUUACUCAAACAGUUAUUCCGGUUAUUUUGAUGCAUUUUCCACUUACAACAAUUCUGAUAUUCGCAGUUCUCAAUAAAGAUUUGGGAACUUUGAGUGGAAUAUCAUCGAUUACAAUUGCAUUAUUUCCUGCUUUGGAUCCACUUCCAUCAAUGUUUAUUAUCAAAAAUUAUCGAACUACUAUUUUUGGAUAUUUUAAAAUCACAAAAGUUAAAAGUGCUUCCGUUCCUCUGAAUUGA